CUUCAUUUUAUACAAUUGCCAACUACACAAAGCAGUGAUCCACAUCCUGUUCUUCCCUGCCCCGUAUCAUUUCUUUUCUCAGUGACGUCAUACUCAGGUCCCUUUUCGCGUUUGCGAGCCACGCGUGGUUCUGUGAAUGAAUUUGGCACGCGCAAACACUUGUCGAACGAAAAGGUGCUUGCCCUUUUCCGGUACACCGUCUAGACGAAAUCCCCCAACGACUACCACCCACCGACCGCACUUCACCACCGACGCCCGAUGCGCCAUCAUGACGAAGCAUCUAAGGCGCACGAGCGAGCCGAUUGGUGGUUAACCGUGAAAAUUUGGUAAAUCUGGUACACACUUUGCCUGGAAAAUUUACCUCGGUAAUGAAGAGAUGGUUAGAAACAUCAUUAAAACGUAAAGACCUUUGGCUGGCCGCAUAGUGUCGUCUAGCCAGAGCUGUUUUGAGCAGCAACAAAAACGAAUACGAAGAGGGUCUGCUGUAGUGCCCAUAACACAUGGGAAUUCCCAGUUCCUCGAGAACAAGUACCAUUUAUGCUUUAUUUGAACUGUGUUUGAAUUGUAUGUUUGGUUGUGGGUUCAGAAAGUGAUGCUUAUUUCAUAUACAGAUACAUUAAUUAGAUAGUGCAGGACUGCGGCACACACUGAUUAAAGUUUCAUACUCCGCAUAAUCGCACAGUAUACACACAAAAAGCAGAUGUAAAUUGAGAGAAAAUUACCCUAAAGUGUUUGUCUGUACUGUGAAUCGUUUUGUGAUCAACAUCAAAGACCCAUUUUUUUGUUUGCCCCGCUCCCUAUAUAGAGCACGGCGCUUGUGUGUGACUCAUAUCACAGUUAAUCGCAUACGGCGGCCCCCGUGCACUCACAAAGAUCGCAAAGAUCUCACCACGGUUCAAGUUCAAUGUUCCGCGGUUAAACACACUGCUAACAACAAGUGGCGUUUGUAGGCGUGUGUAGGCAACCUGUCGCGUGUACGAUCAUGCGUACGCAUCCAGCUGAUGCGCUGAAGAUGAAGUUGAUGGGUUUGAAGUAUCAUAAGCUUCCCAUCGCAAGCUUCUCCCACCUUCAUUGAAAGGGGUGUGAGGGGCAAUGAGCGAUCUUGCCGCACCGUCAGCUUAGUCAGUCAGCGGUGAGAAGGCUUCGCGUUCGGUCGCACUAAAGUCGCGUGUGUCGCGGAAGUCGUCGAAAUCCCAGUUUCAGAAGUUAUUUGUUUUUGCAGAGCAUUGUUUAGCCAUUCACUUAUUAAUUGAUACAUAAAACAACUUCAAAAAUGGUACAUAAAAAGAUGCUGCAUUUUACAUUAAUAUUGAUGAUUUUGUCGCUUAAUCAUCUUUCGCGCACACUGGGAACUCCUUCGCCCUAUCCCCAUCCAACACUCGCUCCCCAAAAGCCGGCCUGUGGUACGUACGGCCAAAGCCCUUGCGCAUUCGUUCCUGCCCCACCCGGAAUGACGCCCAAGUGUGUCUCACCUGGGUCCACUUUUUGUGAAACGAAUCCCGAUUAUCCUGCCUACCUCAUUAAGCAUCUGGUGGAAACGCUCGGCUAUCAGCGCCUCAUUGCCAACGAAGAGAUGGUCGACUUUGGUGCGAACAAACCGCUGGAAGAGGAGGAACAUCUGCACCAUCAUUAUCAUCACUUUUAUGGGUCAUUUGCGGCGAUGGAUCAAGCUUCCAAGCCACAGGCGCCUAAGCAUUCCAGCCCUGGGUACAGCUACCUUACACCAACGCAACAAUCACUCGGCACGGUAAACUACGAGGCGAAGCGUCCGGCACCGGUUCCACAGCCGAUCUACAUUCCCAAGCCACAGCACUCGUACCACUACAACUCGUACGUUCGCGCGCCAAUGUACAACCGGCAGCCCGAUCGGCAAGGAUACUUUUAUCCAUCCCCCGGGGGUUCUGCUGCUAAUUCGCCUUCCUCAAGCUCUCCAGUAACGCAGUACAGUCCGGCUGAUUGGUUGAAGCGCUUCGCCCGUGAUUUGUCCGAUCGGCAUCGACGCGAGGCACGGUUGGCCGCAUUACGAAGGGUAGAUGGUCCUGCCGAUCCGUUCGACAACGAACCAACACCCUUCCGGUUGCCAUCCAUGGUAAAUGAAACCGUUUAUGAGCGUUUGCUGGCGAAAAACAUGCGCGCAAAGCGACAAGCGGCGGGUGGUGUGAAGGAAACGCUGUGCAGCGUGCGGGAACGAUACAUUACACCGCAGACGGCACUCAACACGAAAGGCAAUUGGAUGUUUGUGGUGAAUCAGGAAAACUCGCGGCAGCUCGUAAAAACGGAAAUUUGUGCGUCAACGGAGUGCUCCAACCUGUGCAGCUUUCCGAUCGGGUACAGCUCCCGGUGCGAGCAGCGGUACGUGCAGAAGCGGCUGGUCACGCUGGACCCGACCGGCCGGACACUGUACGUCGACACCUACUGGUUCCCGAGCUGUUGCGUCUGCUCACUGUACUCGGGAAAUUAGCGGGAAGCGGAUUCGAAGCGGGCCUGCAGUGAGUGAAGAUCGAGUAAAGAGUACAUGAUCGUGCUGAUUUAACAGAAGCUUCGUCGUUUGCCGCAUUAUUUAUUCAUUUGAUGACAUUUCAACACAUUUUCUAAUGAAUUUUGUCCUCUUGGAAAAAGAAUAUCCUCUUUAAAGCAACAUCUUUCUUACAUUCUCCCAUUAUUAUGCUCCAUCAUCAGCAAAAUGGAACAGAAA